AUUUAUUGGUAGAAAAACAUGGCGGCUAAGCUGCAGUACUGUGCAAGUUGGGCUAUCUGAUCAAGCAACUUCUUCCAAAGCUCUCCUGUACCCAGGUCACAAGCGCCAAAAAUUUUUCAAGAACUUCCCAGCCCAACUUUACAAGAACUAUCGCACAGACUGCAGUGUGAGGCAAAGACACUGACCACUGUGAAACAUCAUAUCAAGAAAGAAACUUCAAAAUGACGUCAGCUGUCAAGAAAAUGAACAGUCCUCAAUCAUGGAAGCCGCCACCUCAGCAGGACCCCGCCAUUCUGUCCUACCAGAGGUCACCGAGCAGUAACCUCCUACCAUCAACCAAUGGCAACAGAGAAACCGGAUUUGUUGAAAAACUUCUGCAUUCCUAUGGAUUUAUCCAGUGUUGUGAGAGAGAAGCUCGCCUGUUUUUCCAUUUUAGCGAAUAUUCAGGAGACAUCAAUACAGUGAAAAUAGGGGAUGCAGUGGAGUUCCAGCUUUCCAGUGACAGAAGAACCGGUCGUCCCAUUGCAUGUGCUGUGGUGAAAGUGGACGAGACAUCUUACGAGGUGAUCAGUGAUGACAGAUUCACUGGAACUGUGGUGCAAGAGGCCAGAGUUAGCAAGAGCAAAAAUGGGUGUGUGAAUGGCAACAUUGAUGGUAUGGGUCGUGUGACAUAUGAACACAAUGGAGAGUGUUUUUUUCUACCUUUUGGACUUGACGAUGUCGCAGACAGCAGCCUCAAUCUGAAGCCGGGCGACAAGGUGUCCUUCUUUAUGGCCACCGAUAAAAGAAAUGGGAACAUACAGGCCAGGAAGAUAGAGCUGGUAGCCCCCACCCCACCGCCGAGGUGCCAGGGGGUCGUGUGCUCCAUGAAGGACUCGUUCGGCUUCAUUGAGCGGGCUGAUGUGGUGAAGGAGAUCUUCUUUCACUACAGUGAAUACAACGAUGAUAUCAACGACCUAGUUCUGGGAGACGAUGUCGAAUUUGAUGUGCAGACCAGAAAUAACAAAGAGGUUGCUGUCAACAUUAAGAAACUACCUGUGGGGACGGUGAUAUUUGAAGAUAUCAGCAUCGACAAAAUACAAGGGAAAAUAAUCAAAACAUUGAAAAGUAACCGGAGACAGAGUGAUCCUCUAGGGGGCAGGAUUUCGUGCCAAACGGCCAAAGGGACAGCAGAGUAUCCUUACGGGGACAAGGAUCAGAGCGGUGAAUUCACACUCCAGAUUGGUGAUCUAGUAGAGUUCCAGGUAGCAACGGAUCGCAGAGACAAACUCCAGAGGGCCACCAAGAUACAGCUGUGUCCGGAGACGUUUAGCCAGAACUCAGAGAAACGAGAAAAGGGAGUAGUAUCCAACUUGAAGGAUGGCUAUGGAUUUAUCCAAUGUACGGAUAGAGAAUCCAAAAUAUUCUUCCACUUCAGUGAGCUUGUGGAUAGCAAGAAAGAAAUACGGACUCAAGAGGAAGUGGAAUUCACAGUAGUCCCUGAUCCAUCCACCCCUAAUCGACCAAUGGCAAUCCGCAUCAGAAGCCUGCCAAGAGGCAGCAUAUCUUUUGUAAAUGUUCGUCCAGAAAAGUAUAUAGGAACAGUCGACAAAGAACCAUCCAGUCACAAGAGUCCAUCAAAAAUCAAAGACAUCGAACCUGCCGGUAAUAUAGUGUUUGAUUAUGAAGGGAAGAUACAAAAUAUUCCUUACUACCAUAAAGAUAUCGCAGACAUGAGGGAGGCCCCCAAAUACGGAGACAAGGUGGAGUUUUCCAUCGGUGAAGUGAAGCGAUCCAAUUCUCGUUUUGCUGCGGCGGUGAGAGUGGUCAUCCGAAAUAUUCAGGGAAAGUGUCACGGGUUCAUCGCAACCCUUAAAGAUAAUUAUGGAUUUAUCGAGAAUGCCGACCACGAUAAAGAAGUCUUCUUUCAUUUUAGUUCCUUUGAUGGAGAUGUAAAUGACUUGGACCUUGGAGAUGAAGUGGAGUACACAGUCACCAGAAAAAGUGCCAAACUUAGUGCUGAGAAUAUCCGUAAAGUGCCAAAGGGAACAGUGGCUCCAGAGGACAUAUUGUAUGAUAAAGGAGUUCUUCAAGGAAAAGUGAUUCGGCCAAUGAGAAUUGUGAACCCUGACCAAGACGAGUACUCAGGCCUUGUGCAGGUUGGCGGAGAUGAUGAUCAGGAUGCUGAGGUGUACCCCUAUGGCAUCACUAGUCUGACCGAUAAGAGGGAUUUCUUACAGAGGGGUGACGCGGUCAAGUUCCAGAUCGCUGCCCACAGGCGGACCGGACUACUGAGGGCCGUCAACAUCGCUGCCAUCAGGAAGUUCACUCGGGCUCGAGUAGACUCAGUCAAAGGACAGUUUGGAUUUAUCAACUAUGAGGCAGAGGAAGGGAAGAAAUUGUUUUUCCACAUGACCGAGGUUCACGAUGGAAUCGAAGUGCAGACUGGAGAUGAGGUGGAGUUUGUCGUCGUACAAAAUCAACGCAACGGAAAAUACUCUGCUUGUAGCCUGCGCAAAAUUACAGACAGGCAGCGUCCUGAGCGUCUCUUGAGUCGAAUGAAGAGCAUCAAAGAGGACAUGACUGGACCGAGAGUCGUGGCCGUUCGACAACCCAAAGGCCCUGACGGCACGAACGGCUUCAAGGAGCCACGUAAGCCCUGGACACCACCUCAGGCCUGAGGUGGUCCUGACGGGCAUUGUGAUGCUUGUUGGGAAGGCUUCCUGUCGCUUUGUGAUAUAUUGUUUAUAGUGUUCUCCAUGUUCCUUCUUUUUUUCAGUUUUAAAAUUUUUUUUCUUGGCCACAGUAAAAUCAUGAAUAAUCAAAAUAAAUUUGCUAUGAAGAGGUUGAAAUGUACUGAUCUGCUGUUUAAACUUUAGCCAAGAAAAUGCUUACAUCUGUAAUUUGCUGAAUUUUUUUUUGGCUACACAUGUAUUUUCUUUGAAUUUUAAGUUUUUCGGUAGAUUUAUGUGAAUGGAAAGGUAAUUUUUUUUUUAUCAUUAAUAAGUUGGAGAUCUGGCAAGAAUUUGCAUUGUAUUCAAUGUAAUCAAUGUAUUUGUAUGUCUUUAUGAUUUUACUGUGGCAUUAUUGAAAUUGCACUGCAUCUACAAAAAAAAACAUAAAAAGAAAAAUGAAAAAUGAGGUAAAAGAUGAGGAUGAAUUUUGAGAGUUGUAUUAUCAAAAAAUGGCGGCAUGUUUCGAGAGAUUGUGAGGUUUUUCAUGGGAAAAAAAUUGUCACUUACCCUGUAGUAAUUCAUUGCAUCUUAUAAUCAUUAAGAAUAAGGUUGUUUACAAGAAUUUGCAUGAGGCAUAAGCUUAUUACAAUUGUGACAGAUAAGAACAAAAGACUAUUUACUCAAUGUUUUUCCAGUCAUUUCAUUUUGAUUAUUCAUUGUUAUCAUUGAUAUCAGGAAUGGAUAUGUUGAAAAUUGUGAAACAAAACUGCACUUGGUGCAAGAUAUCAUGUUGACCAAUGUUUAAAUAUUAAGAAACUUAACAUAAAUAAAAAUAAAUGAUGAAACUACACAAGAACCUUAAUAUUGGCAGUAUUUUUUUUUUAUGGAGUUGGACUCGUAUAUUUCCUUUUAUAAAGGCAUUUCAGUCUUUCUUACAUGCAUGUAUGAAAAUCAUCAUUGUAACGUUUUUUUUUUCUGCCUGUGAAUGUUCACAGUGCAUGUAAUAUGCUUCGCCAUUGAACAAUAUAAGAACAAACAAACUAGAGAAGCAAGUCUGGUAAUGUACAAACUUUUUAAUAAAAAAAAAAAGUUUAUACAUGACUGUACUGAACUUCUCUUUUACAAGUCAUUAUUUUAUGAAAUGUUUAUCAGAGUUUUUUGUCAUGUACAAUAUCUAUUGUUAAGAAAAAAAACUGGUACUAAGAAUAAUUUUUUUUUUUAUUACAAGUGAUCACUGGCUUGUGAUAUUACUCAGUUGUUAACAAUUAAAUGAAAGAUUUUGUUUCCUAGAAAAAAAAAACUACCUCUCUGGAAUGUUUAUGUACUGGGUGCAUCUGCCAUCUUGUUUAUGCACUCUGUGUGAAGGGAAAAACUCAGAAUCUCAGCUGCCUUUAACAUUAAAAAUUCUGCAAGUGAGCGGUAACCAGUGAAGUGUGACACAAGGUCAAUAGUUCAUUUAGCUCAAGACUGUUGUUGAAUAUGGUGCUCAAUACAAUGUUACAUAAACUUUAAAGACUCUUCUAUGUUGGUAGACAAUAGCCAUUAUCAGUUUAUUUUACUGACUUUGUAAGGCAUUUUUUUGGUCCAAAAUGUUUGAAAUCUUGAACACCUGUAGAUAUUUUUUUUUGAAAAGUUGUCCUUAAAACUACUGUAAUAUAUUUGGACACUGUUUGAUAAUUUAUUACUACUUUUUUUUCUGCUUGAGUUUAACACAAGAUUUGUAAAAUUGUAAUUCCUGUUGUAUACAAUCAAUCUAGUCUGUUAAUAUUGAGUUGCUUUGAGCAAUGUUGGACAAUCUCAUAGAGAUGAUGAUGAACUGUUGAGGAGUAAGUCUGACAAUACGAGGGGGUAUUUAUUCAGCUGGGGGGAAUCUGAACACGAAGCCAAGAGACCAGUGUCUUUGUCACUUGGACUGGUGCUUAUUGUGACAUAUUUUGCAACAAGUUUCAUGGUGCAUGUAACUUGAAGUACAUUUUAUGUUGAAACUGAAUUGGAAAAAAAAGAAUAAAAAGAAACUGAAAUGAAAAAAAAAAAUAAAGAAAAAAUAUUUGAAAUGA